AUGGAGCUGGUGGAGACGGCGAAUCGUUCUCUCUUGGCCUUGCGUCAGCUCUACCGCGGGAGUCUGGACGACAGUCUACUGGGCCUGGCCGACUGCUGGGGCCAGGGGAUCGUGCCCGACAACCUGGACGGGGACCUCUCUCGGUCUGCGUCGCCUCGCGUGGCACAGAAGUUGGAGAUGUUCAAGGAGGAGAUGUUGAGAGAGGAUGGCGAGGCUUGUGUUCAGGCCUGCGAGAUCCGCAACUACGUGGACCCGCAUUUCCGCAAGAAGAAGGAAAUGUUGCAGCUGGCCCGGCGGAUGGCUUUGGCGGGGAUGUUGCGCCGCACCGCAGUGAAGGUGGACGAGGUCGGGCUCUUUUGCGUCGUGAAGAAGGCGGAGCUGGUGGGGAGCGAGCCCGAGGUGACCCUGAGGCUGGUGUUCGACCAGAGGCGCUCCAACUUGCGGUGGCGGUCCCCCCCGCGGCGUGCCAUGGGCGGUGUCAGUGCGAUGUCGUUUCUGGACGUGUCCGAGGAGAUGAAGGAGGAUGGCGUGACCAUGCGCUUCGGCACGGGCGACCUCCCCGACUUCUACUACACGCUGGAGCUGGGGGAGGAGCUGGCGCCGUACUUCGUGCUGCCCGGCGUUUCUGGAGAUGCGCUGGACGCUCUGCUUCCCGAAGGUUCGUCUCUGCCUGGGAGUGGGGCCUACGUCGGGGUGAAGGUCGCUCUGAUGGGCUUCUCUUGGGCGUGCUGGAUGGCUCAGACGACCAUGGAGGACAUCUUCAAUACUGGGCCCCAGUUCGGUCUUUCUUCGCUUUCAGGCGACCAACGUUUGGCCGAAGGCGGACCGCUGCCCCGUCUCAGUCGGGAUUUGCCUGCUGCGCACUACGAGUGCAUCGACGAUUUCGGCAUCAUGGGCCUGGACUUCCCGACGCGACCUGGCCAGGAGGCGGGGAUGACGGUGGAGGAGACCUGGCUCGGUGCCAAGGAGUUGGUGGUGUCCGCGGGGUUCAAGGUGCACAAGGAUGCUUGUGCGGCGGACGCCCGCAUGAUCGGUGGCGAUCUUCGGGGAACUCGUCUGGCGCCGAACCAGGACAAGAUGUGGUUGGCGGUCUUCGGCGCACGGGAGAUCCUGAUCCACAAGUGGGAACUACCCGAUACCGUCGCACGGAUCGUCGGCAUAUUGUCCUGGGGCUUCCUGAUCAGCCGUGGUGUUUUGAGCGUCUUCGCGGACGUGUACGCGUGGUGCAUGGAGUUCCGAGGUGGAGCUCGGCGCGAGGUUCCACGGGAAGUGCUGAGGGAGUUGGCUGCGGCUGCGGCUCUGGCACCGCUGAUCUCGGUGGACCUCGCGACGCCCUGGGACCCGAUGGUGACGAUGUUCGAUGCGAGCCUCUACGGUGGUGCGCUCAUCUCUACGGCCUUCAGACGCGUGGGUACCGACGCGGAGUUGGGUACCCGGAUCCGCGCUCCACCUGUGCACGAGUGUUGGGACGACAUCGAUCGGUGGAAGGAGGUUGCGCGCUGGCGCUGGGAGGAAAAGGAGCACAUCAACUUGCUGGAGAUGCGCACGGGGGUGGCCGCGGCGAGGCACUCGGCCCGCACCCGGGCGAGCUGGGGGAAGAGACACUUACGCAUCACGGACUCGAUGGUUUGCCUCGGCGGCUUCAGCAAAGGCAGAUCGGCCAGCCGGCCCAUUCUGAUCUUGUGCAGGAGAAUGGCCGCCCUCGACCUCGGGCGCGGCAUGCGGGAGUACUGGCGAUGGGUGCCGUCGGACCGCAACCACAGCGACGGGCCGAGCCGAGGCUUCCCGAUUGGGCAGGCACCGAAGGAGCGGAGGACGGACGAGCUGGUGUUGCCGGAGAAGGUGGCCUCGAGGAUCGAGGCCCUGGCGGACUUGGCGGAGGUGGACCCCUUCCAGCCGCCCAGGACGGGCGUCUCGAUCCCGGUGAAGGUGCUGCGCUUCGCCCACCUCUGCAGCGUCCACACGCGCAUCGGGGACCUGGAGGACUGGCUGCUCAGGAUCGCGGGGUCGCGAGGCUACCUGAUGAUCUGCACCAACGUGGACAUCGGCUUCGGGGCGGAGUUCGACCUGACGGACGAGGUCAACGUGCGGAGGCUGGAGCUGCUGGCGGAAGCGGAGACGGACGGGGGACUCUCAGGGGACGACGCAAAGAAGGUGAAGCUUGGGAACGCGCAGUUGCUGAGCAGCUUGAGGAUCCUGAAGGCGAUCGGGCUCAAGGGAGGCUCGGUCUCCAUCGAGCAUCCUGCCGAUCCGGGGUGUCCGCCGUUCCCAUCGAUCUUCGUGACCAAGGAGCUCGUGGACUGGGAGGCCCGGGUGGGUGCCUACCGAGUGACCUUCCCGCAGUGCAUGCGGGGCUGCCCCGCGCUGAAGCUGGCGACGCUCACGGGGGCGGCCUUCGGGAUGCAGCGGUUUGUCCGUCCCUGCGUGCACGAGAACCACUCGGCGAGCCUCUGCGGCAAGGACGAGAGCGGUCGCUUUCGGACACGGGUGGCCCAGGCGUACCCGUCCGACUUCUGCAGGACGUUGGCGGAGUGCCACGUGGACGCAAUGCUGACCAUGCAGGAGAGACGGGAGGCCGACCUGACCGAGAGGGCCGUGGAGCAAUUGAUUUCAGAGACCCUGGAGCGCAGGCCGGUGCAAGAUUAUGCAGACAUGACGCAAGAUCUACAUGAUUGGGCGCAGCAGUGGUUCAGCGACCUCACGCAGCGGGCCACCGACGGCACCGAGCGGCAGGAGUGGCGCGUGGCCUUCCUGACGGACGUACUUCUCAGCGGCCCCAAUCAGAAGCGACUCCGACGGAGAGACAGCGGCUACAACAGGAACACUGGACGGAGCUGGAAGAUCUUCGUGCGAUGUUUCGAGUUCGACUUGGUGACCAGGCGCCUGACCAUCGACGAUCGCCUCGUCUCGGGCUGCCCGCGGUGGUCCGUGCUCCUGGGUUGGCUGCCGCUGCCCUUUCUAUCGGACGCCGUCGGUGAAGAGAGGCUACGGCACCACGCUCAGCACCGCAAGAUGGGCAACACCCACCGCAGGAACGACGCGGAGGGCGCGCACCCACAGGGGGUGCCACGGCGGGAGAGAACCACCUAUGGGCUGGCAUUGCUGCCGUUCUCGGUCUCCACUAAGACGGCGCUGGGCUGCUACGUGCCCAACGUGCGCCGCUUCCUGAACUUCGCGCUGGAAGUGAACCUGCCGAUGAUGAGCCGAGAGGAGAUCGACGACUCCGUUCUUUGCUACUUGGACCGCCUGGUCGAGGACGAGGGUGUGGGUCCGCAUCGAGGAGAUUUCGUUGUGCAUGGGCUUGCCUACGUGUGGCCCGAGCUCUCGACGGGGCCACCGAGGUCCAAUCGAGCUCUUCGAGCUUGGCAUCGACUUCACGUUGCGGGAGAAGGGGGGCCCCAGCCCCUCGAGCUCUGGGCCGUGCUGGACGAGGCCAUCAGGCUGGCCGGGAGCGUGGAGGCCGCCGACGCCGCCGAGGUCGCCCUGGACGCCUACCUCAGGUCCGCGGAGCUGUUCGCCUUGCGGGCGGCCGACAUCGCGGUCGACGUGGACGAGGCGGGCGAGCAGAUUGUGGCUCUACGACUCGGGGUGACCGAGCGAGGUGAGAGGACCAAGACGGGCGCGAGGCAGGGCGUGCUGAUCGACCGUCGGCAUGUGAGCGACAUGCUUGUGCGCAGGAAGUCCGAGCGAGACCCCUCGGACCGAGUUUUCAGCUGCUCGGUGGAUGCCUAUCGCCCGGCGCUGAGGCGAGCCUGCGACGACGUCGGCGUCGAGCACUUCCCGCCCCAUGCUGCCAGGCACUCGGGGCCGAGCCACGACGCGGCGACGGGCUACAGGACGGCGUGGGCCAUCCAGCGGCGCGGGCGGUGGGCUUCAGAGAAGAGCGUGCUCAGGUAUAUGAAGACGCACGCCCUGGUGGCCGCCCGCGCCGCGCUCCCGCCAAACAUCCUGGAGCGCGGGAGCCGACUGAUGCCCAAGAAGAGUGGUCGCCCUGAAAAGGCUCGUGAGUGA